UGUGUGUCUAGUGUGUGCGCGUGUGUGUGCGCGUGUGGAGCACAAAGCUCUUGUGAGAGUUUGAGUGUGAGGGGCCGGCAUCAAUGGGACCUAACUUGAGCUCUAUGACCAGAGUGGACACCCAGUGUGAAGCAUCAUGUGUGUGUGUCCACUAUGGCAAGCACUGAGCCUCUGGGUAAUCUUCUCCGUCCAUGUUGUUUCAGAGGAGGGUGACUAUAAAAGUCUGCAAAACUUCUCUCAACAAUGUAGCAACGGACAGUUGGACAAGGCUCUUUUACCAUUGCAGGGAAUCAGUUUAUUUCUGACGAAUGACAGCGGAGUAAUGGAACACAAAAACUCAACAUACAUCGUAGAUUAUAGCAUUGAUGAGGACAUACCAGCUCUGUUAGACGUUUUCUCAGGCCGUCUGCCUCCUUUAAAUAUCAGCUGCAUAGUGGACAUGCAGAACCAUCUUAACUUCAGCUGGGAUACAAGCGGUGUUCCGGAACAUGCUCAGUAUUCCGUUUCCUAUCUACUUUGCAGGGACGGUGAAAAGGUACUUGAAAGCCCCAAGGAACGUCUUCCUUCCCCAGUUUUCUCCACUGUGCUUGGCAACCAGACACAUCAAGAUCAUAUCAUUCUGCAACUGAACGUCUCCUACCCAGGCGUCUGGUACAUUCAGACUCAGAAGUGGGAAAUCCUCACAGUCGAAAAACUGGAUCCCCCUCAAUUCAUUAAUACAACGAUUCAGUCGGAUCAGUUGUACCUGAAAUGGGAUCUGCCCAAAAGUAAACACACGAAAAAUCCUUCGUGCUUCAGAUAUGAACUGAGGAUCAAUGAUGAGGUCAGAUAUUUGAGCAAAAAACUGAGCCAUUCCGAGCCGAACAUUGAUCAGACCCGGACAUACAAAAUCCAGAUGAGAGUAAAGAUGCUUUCCUUCCCCUGCCGUGGCUCUAUUUAUUGGAGUGACUGGACUUCUGUUCUAAACCUGGGCCCAUUGAUACUCCAACCAGACUUCCAUAUCGGGGUGAUGGUCACAAUUGCUCUUGGACUUCCCAUGAGCCUCUUGGCUAUAUUACUACUCUGCAAAUUCAGGAUUUUUUAUAAACUGUUCCCACCUAUCCCAGGCCCAUCCAUCAAGAUUAAAGGUCUACUAGAGAAAGACAUAACAUCUCAUAACUACCAGAUCAUCUCACACAAAUGUGUAGAAGAGGUCACUGAGGUGGAAGUAAAAGAGGAUGAGGAAGAAGAAGAGGAUGAAGAUGAAUAUGAAAAUGAGGAGGAGCGCUUGUGAAAAGGCACUUGUGAGAGGAUGGAGGGGUUUCCUCCAGUGAAGGACAAGAACACAGAUUGAAGAGGGACGAACCGCCGGGGACAACGAGCCAAGUCUUUUUUUCGAAACAUUUACAUGUGUGUUAUUUUAUUCUUUCUCUUCCAUUUUGAGGACCUUACUGAGGACCGCAAAACAGGCAGUUUUUGUGCUGCCCUUGACAACUUUCUGCAAUCACGUGUAUUUGUCGUGGAGUUGAAAUGGAAAUGCUCUGCAGUACCGAUGACAUUUCAACAUGCAAUUCUUUGUGCACUGUUGGUAUAGAUAACAUGAGAUAUGUUCAAACUAAAACUGAAGAUUUACAGAUGGUGAUUAUGAAACAACAUCUGGUGGCAAUCUACAAUGACAAUGACCAUUAUGAUUAAUUGGAACUCAGUUUAAUUGGUAGAUGUGUCCUUUUGGAUCUAAAUGGUUCUUGAUAUGACUACCCCUCAGUUUCAUGUUGCCAAGUCCUUAAGCAAAAUCCUGUUCGCUCACCAUAUUUAGUGGACAGGAUGUAGCAGUGGAUCUGAGCCAUGGGUUGAGUUUGUCCUUAAUUAUGAAUGCUACCGAAAUAAAUAUGACCUCGGUUGAAUUUCAAAGUCACACAUACAUUUCACAUACUUAAUAUUUUAGGUUGCAUUAUCAAGGAUUACAUAGUAGGCCUAGGAUGGUGAAUGCUUUCUAUAAGAAACCUCUUUAUUGCAUUACGGCGUUGAAGUAUCCUGUUGAGUAGAGGGAGAUGUCUUUAUGUCACUUUUUAAUUUGUCUUUGCAUGGCAGGGUGAUGCAACGUCCUGCCGCAUACCAUAGAUAUGUGUCUUGAAAUGGAUACAUCUUUGUAUAACUUUCACGUAGCUCCCUUAGUACUCUAUGAGCAUAACAUAUGGAUUACACUGUGUUCAAACUCUGCCUUAAUUAUAUAACUGGUAUUAUAGCAUUUUAUAAUUAUUAGUCUUUGUGAUGCAGCGUUUUCCUGUGUUCAGUAUGCAUGCUAAAGAGGUGAUGGCGUAGUUGAGGGCAUGGUGACCUUUGACCACAAGACCUGUGUGAAGUGUUUUAAACUAGGCUUUGUAUAAUGUAUUGCAAUGGGCAUCAGAGUGUUAGUAUUCACAGCACUCAACAAUUUAUUGUGUGAAGUACGCAGAAUGGCAUACUUCAUAAAGACUGUCCAAAUUAUAAAAGCUAAGUUAUUGAAAAGUUCCUGCACUGUUUAAAGUAGAAUGCAAUUUGAUCUAUGUUUAUCAUAAUCUGUUUUGUACAAUGAAAAGCAUCUCCAAAUGUAUAAUUUUUUUGUAUUGCUACCUUUAUUUAAAGUGUCUUUAGCACCUUGAAAACUACUUAAAAAUAAACUGCACUGAUAUUU